AGGGACAACUCGAAUUCCGUUUGGAGGCAUCUUUGAGCUCGUGGAGUAGACAUCAUGAGCAAAGCUCACCCUCCCGAGUUGAAGAAAUUUAUGGACAAGAAGUUAUCACUGAAAUUAAAUGGUGACAGACAUGUCCAAGGAAUAUUAAGGGGAUUUGAUCUCUUUAUGAAUCUUGUGAUAGAUGAAUGUGUGGAGAUAGCAACUAGUGGGCAACAGAACAAUACUGGAAUGGUAGUAAUACGAAGAAAUAGUACCAUCAUUUUAGAAACCUUGGAACAGUUAUGA